AUGGGUGACAUUUAUUCAAAGAGGCACAAAUACCUAAACAAUGGCGUCGUCAUCUACGAGUGGGAGCAGAGCAUCGACGAGAUUAACAUAUUCAUCAACAUGAAUUCCAAAGUGGUUAGCAAGAAGGACCUAGACAUUGAGCUCAAGAGUAGGCGAAUGCGAAUUGGGUUGAAAGGAAUGGAGAGUUUUUUGGAGGGGGAGCUGUCCGGCCUCAUCGACGAGGGCUGCUCCUACUGGUUUAUUGAAGAUAAGAGUUUGCACAUCCUUCUAACCAAAGUGAGGAAGGCAGAAACGUGGAGCAGCGUCUUUAAGGGGCACAAGUGCAUCAAUGCCGUUGAUGAGGAUAACACUCGGAAGCAAAUUCUUUUGGAGCGCUUCCAGCACGAGUACCCCACGUUUGACUUUUCAUCGGCUGCGUUCAACGGCCAGGUGCCCGACGCGCGCACCUUCAUGGGCGGCCUCAAGUACUAG